UGCCUUUGGUACUGGACGAUGGAUCAAGAGACCUUCCCUCAGUUUAGUGCCGGGGAUGUUAGAAUCGCUAUUCUGCCAGACAUUUACCAACUUCACUCGUGGCCUGAAGACAUCCCGUCCCACCUUUGGAUCGUUUCUCUCUCAAUCUCGUUGGCUCAGCUGCGCAUAAGUAUGGCGUUUUUGAAGCUCAGGCAAGACCCCGGGAUGAAGAACAAGAAAACUCGCUGUCUCUGGUGCAACCUUUUGAAGAUUUUCUACGCUCUCAGACCUACGCUGGAGAACGGUGGAAUGGAUCGAAUAUUGCAAAACAGCAUGAACCUUGCUGAUCUCGGAGAGGAGAUCUGAGCCGCUGAUAUAGUUCACCCCAUUAACUAUUGGUGCUAAUGCUCCUCGAAUUCACUCCGCAGAUCUAUCCUCUCAUCGCAGAGAACCCUAUCGCCUGGGCAACGCUGGCUACUCGCAUUCGUUCAGCGCCUAUAUUCCAAGAAGCAGCAGUCCAUGUCAUCGGCAAAUGGAGUUUGUUGGAGGAAACGGAACGUGCGUCUCUGCCCCAGAAAGCGCGUGAACUAUGGAUGCCAUAGGAAGCAGAAGAUGCUUGCUCGCUACGACAAAGAAAGCUGUCGAGAUGCAGCUCAUCAACUAUAUUCCCCGAACCGCAGGCCAUGC